AUGGCCGGCCGGGGUUGCGGCUGCAGCUGCGGCCCGGGCCACCUGAACGAGGACAACGCGCGCUUCCUGCUGCUCGCCGCGCUCAUCGUGCUCUACCUGCUGGGCGGCGCCGCGGUCUUCUCGGCGUUGGAGCUGGCGCACGAGCGCCAGGCCAAGCAGCGCUGGGAGGAGCGCCUGGCCAACUUCAGCCGCCGCCACAACCUGAGCCGCGAGGAGCUGCGCGGCUUCCUCCGCCACUACGAGGAGGCCACCGAGGCCGGCAUCCGCGUGGACAGCGCCCGGCCGCGCUGGGACUUCACCGGCGCCUUCUACUUCGUGGGCACCGUCGUGUCCACCAUAGGGUUUGGGAUGACCACUCCGGCGACGGUGGGAGGAAAAAUCUUUCUGAUCUUCUACGGCCUCAUUGGGUGCGCGAGCACCAUCCUGUUCUUCAACCUCUUCCUGGAGCGCCUCAUCACCGUCAUUGCCUACAUCAUGAAGUCGUGCCACCAGCGACGGCUCCGGAGACGAGGGGCCCUGUCCCGGGAGAGCCUGAGGCCCCCGGGCAGGUGCGAGGGGGACAGCUCGGCCGGCUGGAAGCCCUCCGUGUACUACGUGAUGCUGAUCCUGUGCCUGGCCUCCCUGCUCAUCUCCUGCUGCGCAUCGGCCAUGUACACCUCCGUCGAAGGCUGGAGCUACUUCGACUCGCUCUACUUCUGCUUUGUGGCCUUCAGCACCAUUGGCUUCGGGGACCUCGUCAGCAGCCAGAACGCCCAGUAUGACAGCCAAGGCCUCUACCGCUUUGCCAACUUCAUGUUCAUCCUCAUGGGCGUCUGCUGCAUCUACUCCUUGUUCAAUGUCAUCUCCAUCCUCAUCAAACAGUCCGUGAACUGGAUCCUGAGGAAAAUGGAUGGCGGGUGCUGCCGACGAUGCCAAAGGAGGUUCCUGAGGUCCCGGAGGAACGUGGUCAUGCCGGGCAACAUCCAGGACCGGGGCAACCUCUCCAUAGACACGGAUGGGGUGAUGGACAGCGACACGGACGGGCGGCGUCUCUCGGGGGAGAUGAUCUCCAUGAAGGACUUCUUGGCCGCCAACAAGGUCUCGCUGGCCAUCCUCCAGAAGCAGCUGUCUGAGACGGCCAACGGCUGCCCGCCCCAGGCCAGCGCGCCGUCCCGGGACAACGAGUUCUCAGGGGGGGUGGGGGCCUUUGCCAUAAUGAACAACAGGUUGGCGGAGACCAGUGGGGACAGGUAGGAGCGAGGAGCGGCCGCUGGGCGUGGAGGCCAGGAGGGUGGGCGAUGGGGGGAUUGGCACCGGCUCAGCUCUGUGCCGGGGCGGGUUCCCUCUGGAGUUGUCCUGUCACCCUCUGCAGGCCCAGCCUUAGAAAGCUCUUCUCCUCGGGCAGCCAGCCACCUUCUAGGGCUGCAGACCGAGGCCCGAGGCCCUUCUCCUUGUCUUUAUUCUGUGAGGUCUGAAUUCAGUCUUGAGAAUGAAUCCCAGAGGCAGCCUAAGACAUUGCACGGUUGUCUUACUCCCCUUCCUCCAGGGCUUUAACUGCCUAAGGGAAGGGGGUUUAAGUGAGUCUCUAUUUCCCUGCUGCUCUGGUCUUCGUUUGGAAAUAAAAAUCCUGAACGGAAAUCCUCAUUUUUACCCCCUGGAACCCUGAAUGGCUGGACCCACUGCCCUUCCCAGCCCCUUCAGAAAAGAGGGGGGGGGGGAUGCUUCAGAAGGUGCCUGGGCCCUGGGCUUCCUUCAGAGCAGAUAUGUCCACGGUGCGACAGAUGGGGAAAUCACCUGGUCUGCUCUGUGUCUGCUUCUCUGCGUUUUGUUUUUCCUUUCUUUUAUUUUUAAGAUCCUAAUGCUGGGCUAAGGUGUCUGUGGGACCUCGGUGUGGUAAGAAGAAAGCUUCAGG